AUGGCAGCCUUACUCAUGAUCAAAUCAAUCGUCAGCAAAAAGUUAGAAGGUAAAGUAGCUCUCAUAACCGGCGGUGCAAGCGGUCUCGGUAGAGCCACCGCCGGAGAGUUUCUCCGGCAAGGUGCUCGAGUCGUGAUCGCCGAUUUAGAUGCGGAAAGCGGGAUUAAAGUCGCUAAGGAGUUAGGCUCGGCCGCCGAGUUCGUGCAGUGCGACGUCACGGUGGAGGCAGAGGUCGCCGGAGCAGUUGAACUGACGGUGACGAAGCAUGGGAAGCUAGACGUGAUGUAUAACAAUGCUGGGAUUAUGGGACCCAUGACUCCGGCAAGCAUAUCGGAGCUUGAUAUGACGGAGUUCGAGAGGAUAAUGAGGAUUAACGUCUUUAGCGUUGUCUCCGGCGUUAAGCACGCCUCUAAGGUUAUGAUUCCGGCCGGGAGUGAUCGGAGGGUUAGCUCCACAGUCUCCAAAUUUACAACUCCGGGAAUCGUAAAAUCGGCGGCAAGCGAGCUCUGCAAACACGGCGUGCGUAUAAACUGUAUCUCACCGAAUGGGGUGGCGACACCGAUGGCUCUCCGCUACCUUCAGAAAGCGUUUCCGACUGUGACGGAGGAGAAGCUUUGGGAGACGUUAAAAGGGAUGGGUGAGUUGAAAGGAGCCGAGUGCGAAGAAGCUGACGUGGCGAAGGCUGCUCUGUAUUUGGCCUCUGACGAUGGAAAAUAUGUUACAGGCCAUAACUUGGUCGUUGACGGUGGCAUGAGUGCUUUCAAAAUCGCUAGUUUUCCUUUUCCUUCUCAUUCAUGA